UUUUUUAAAUCCUCAAAUUAUUUUAAGCAACUAAAGCUUAAUUUUAAUAGAAAAGCAAGGCACUCAAUAACAUUUAACUUCCUCUUCCCAGAUGGCAGAUUCCACCACAACGGUAUCAGCCUUCCCAGAGAAGACAAAUUCGGUGCUAUCGAUUAACGAUUUUAAUUCACGCGCAAACCUUACAGAAAAAGUAAACAGAAACAAUGAAUACCUACCAUCGGAUUACCGCGACCAAGUCCACGGUCAGUCGACAAGCGGCGCAUUUAUGCAUUUGCUGAAAGGUUCAUUAGGUUUUGGUCUGUUAGCGAUGCCAAUGGCCUUUGCCAAUGGCGGGCUGCUGUUCAGCAUGAUUGCUACGCUGGUGAUUGGUGUGCUGUGUACGCAUUGUGUGCACAUAUUGGUCAAAACAUCACAAGACAUCUGUAAGGAAUAUCAAAUACCUGCUUUGACUUUUGCAGAAACUGCAGAAAGGGUUUUUGAAAAAGGACCAAAAUCACUGCAAUCAUGGUCGCUUUUUGUAAGACGUUUCGUUGAUGGCGGGCUCAUGACCACCUACUUUGCAGCAGCUUGUGUUUAUAUGGUAUUUAUAGCUACAUCAUUUCACGAUGUCAUCAACUAUGAUCUCGGCCUGGAUUGGGAUGUGCGCAUUUACAUUGCCAUGACUGUGAUACCUUGCCUAAUGAUUGGUCAAAUAAGAAAUUUGAAAUUGCUGGUGCCAUUUUCAACAUUGGCAAAUGGUUUCAUUGUGAUCACAUUCGGCAUAGUGUUAUACUAUAUGUUCAGCGAGCCGCUGGAAUUCUCAGAUAAGCCGCUGAUUGCGGAAACCACAAAAAUACCGCUUUUCUUCGCUACCGUAAUCUUUGCGAUGGAGGGUAUUGGUUCGGUUAUGCCUAUUGAAAAUGCAAUGAAAAAACCACAACAGUUUCUGGGUUGUCCUGGCGUGCUAAAUACAGCUAUGCUUGUUGUGGUCGCCUUGUAUGCGACUAUCGGUUUCCUCGGUUAUGCUCGUUAUGGCAGUGAAGUGCGCGGCAGCAUUACCUUGAACUUGAAGGAAGGCACAAUUUUGGCCGACAUUGCAAAACUGCUGAUAGCCGUUGCCUCGAUUUGUGCUUAUGGUCUGGUAUUUUAUAUUCCAAUCGAUACGCUCUGGAAAAAUAUAAGUCAUAAAUUCAAUGAAAAAAAUCACAACAUUACACAGAUAAUCCUGCGCACUUGUAUUAUAUUAAUUAGUGGUGCGAUAGCUGCUGCUAUACCGAACCUGGAGCCAUUCAUUAGUCUUGUGGGUGCGGUCUUCCUCUCUCUAUUGGGUUUUUUUGUGCCCAGCGUUUGUGAAACAGUGCAUUUGUGGCCAGAUCGCUUGGGUUGGUGCAAAUGGAAACUGUACAAGAAUUUACUGUUAAGCUUAUUUGCGAUAUGUGCUCUGGUUGCUGGCGCUGCAGCGAGUAUAAACGAAAUCAUUGAGUCGUACAAGUCAUAAACGGUCCCAACAUAGCCACUAAUGACCUACUGCCCCAUACAUAUGUAUGUAUAAGAUUCAAACCGCGAACGUAGUAUAAGUUCUAGAAUAAUUAAUUUCACAAAAAUUUGUAUAUUAAACUUUCAUAAUUCAGCACUGUGAACCCACUACUUAAGGAAAUAAUCUUAAGUGUAAAAUUUGUAUAUGUAUGUUUAUUGGCAUGCAAAUAUUUUUAAAUAUCUGUGAUUUAAAUGUGUG